AUGCCUUCCGAUCUCUGCCCCGUGUAUGCCCCGUUCUUCGGAGCGAUGGGCUGCACCAGCGCCAUCGUCUUCACCUGCUUCGGUGCCGCCUACGGUACUGCGAAGGCCGGCGUGGGUAUCUCCGCCAUGGGUGUCUUAAGACCUGAUCUCAUCGUCAAGAACAUCAUUCCAGUCAUUAUGGCUGGUAUCAUUGCCAUCUACGGUCUCGUCGUCUCGGUCCUGAUCUCCAACAACCUGGCACAAGAAGUCUCGCUCUUCGCCGGCUUCAUCCAGCUUGGCGCUGGUCUCUCUGUCGGUCUCGCCGGUCUUGCUGCUGGCUUCGCCAUCGGAAUUGUCGGUGAUGCUGGUGUCCGCGGUACCGCGCAACAGCCAAGGUUGUUCGUCGGAAUGAUUCUGAUUCUCAUUUUCGCCGAAGUGCUUGGUCUCUACGGUCUCAUUGUUGCUCUGCUCAUGAACUCGAGAGCAAGCGACUCCCAGUGCUAA